GGUACAACCACUCCCUACAGAGUCGAGGCACCAUGCCAUCGUCAAAAGGCGGUGUGCAUCUACCAGACUACCUAGGCCUCUGAUCCAAAUACAUUCUCUGCUCGCCAACGAAUCUCUUCAAGUUGAUUCCAACAGGCAAUCUCUUCAUCGAAAUGGGGCCGUUAUCUGAGGAACACUUGGAGAUGCAAUUCUCGAUAUUCGACCUUCUCUCCUCCAUGUUUUGCCUACCAGGCGAACUCAUUUGCGAACCUUCAAUACCAAAAUACAUUGAGGAAUUUAGGUCCACCCUCUCCGCAGAGUCACUCCCAAGCACACUGGACCUUACUCUGUUUUUGGAUCUUGAAUCACCUCGGGCCACCUCAGCAUUACGAAUCGAUAUACGGCUACCGUUACGCUACCCCACCACAGAACAUGACCACAGUCCGCCCCCUGCACUAUCAAUUCGCAAACCAUCAUAUCUAUCUCGAUCUGCCCUGGAUUCUCUUACAUCUGGGACUAUUCCUCAUGGACAUCCGCUGGAAGACACGGACAUAUACGCCACAAUAGAUACAAUCCGCGACACUGCUCUUCUUUUGUUGGAGGCGGAGGGUGUACCCGACGUUCCAGCAGAUAUAGUAGACAACCUUUUCCGGGUUUGGUUCUACUUUCCAUCUCUAUCCACAAGAGAAAAGCGGAAAGACCUUGUACAGUGGGCCCCCCAAUAUGGCCUGACAGGCUUUGUUCUCGCAGGUAAACCGGGCGUCUUGUGCUUGGAAGGUGGGGCCACACAGAUCGACAACUACAUGAAGGACAUCAAGACGAGAAGCUGGGCCGACAUACCGUCAUAUCAAAAGAAAGUCAGCGAGCGAUGGCGCCAAAGCCUCCCGUCGUCAACUGCAAGGAAGUUUGCAGAUAUGCAGGAGGUGGCCAUCACUCGACAUGGACAGAAGGGUAACCGAGGAGAGAUGGCUGAGUUGCAGGAUUGGUUGAAAGAGAAAGGUUGCGGGGAGGCGUUUGAAAAGGUGAUCCUUGGGGCCGAGUCUGCUUGACAUUGUAGGGCGCUUGAUGGACGAGGAAGUAUUGAUAUUCGAGUCUGGCUCCUGACGACGGGUGUACGCGGAGCACCAGGACAUAAAUAUGGGAUUUGUGCACAACUAACAUGAGAUGUCCACAAUAUACUACAUCCCCUCAUCGUCUUGCCUGCAUCUUUACCCUGGGGUCUCCUCGUUCGCUUCGCUUCUUUAGCUUUUCCUGUCUCUUGCUCAAGGACUCUGGGGCAGCCGGUGCCUCUUCUGCGUUGCUCGAAGAUCUUCCAAAGCCAAGCAUGGGUCCAAUGAAACCCCAGAACUUAUAUAUCACAAAGGCGGGUAUCACUGCGUAUAACCACCACAACCAUUCACCCAGGAGAGCGCUGCCAACCUGAGCAGCCCAUGAGAUAUAGAGAACGUCGAACAUCCAUUCCGUUACUCCAGGUUGAUUGAGAUCCUCUCCAGGUGAUAUCAUCGAACCACUUGCGUCCCGCUUUGGUGUUCCCAUGGAUUUCAAUCGUGUAUACAGAUACUGCGAACCUACUCCAGUAGUUGUGUAGAGAAACAUUCCUUUCUUGGUUUUCAGAAGUGUCCCGAAGAGCAGACGAAGAAUGAAGGCAAGGACGACGCUAGCAGUCUGCCCAUAGAACAGGUUCUGAAGUGCUGUUUCAUUUUGUGAAGCAAUGCGUUUUGCGGAUGCGUUGGCC